AUGUCAGCAACCAUCAAUCCAAACAAACCACUGGGGCCGAAAGACACCCUCAAUGGCGCUGGUCGAUAUGACCCGAACUUCACAAACCAUGUCAUUUCUUCCAUCGGUCCCGGCACAGACCCUCGCCUCCGCAAAGUAAUGACCUCUUUGAUCAAGCACGUCCACGACUUUGCCCGAGAAGUCGAUCUUACAGUAGACGAGUGGAUGGCAGGUGUAGAUAUGAUCAACCGCGCUGGCCAGAUGUCUACCGACCGCCGCAAUGAAGGUCAGCUUCUUUGCGAUGUCAUCGGUCUCGAAAGCCUGGUCGAUGAAAUCACCUUCAAAGCUGCUGCCGACGCCAAAGAUGCAGUCACACAGAGUGCAAUUCUUGGCCCGUUCUUCCGCCAUGAUGCUCCGUUGCGAAAUAUGGGUGAUACCAUAUCGUUCGAUACGCCGAAAGAUGCAGAAGUCGCAUACAUGCAUGGCGUGGUAUAUGAUGCCGUAACCAAGCAACCUGUGGACGGAGCGGAAGUUGACGUCUGGCAAGCAUCCACCAAUGGGUUGUACGAGCAACAGGAUCCUGCACAGCAAGAACACAACCUGCGUGGGAAAUUCAGGACUGGCAAGGAUGGAAGUUAUGGCUUUUAUUGCAUACGACCUACACCUUAUCCAGUCCCUGAUGACGGACCUGCGGGAGAGCUGUUGAAGAAGUUGGAUAGACAUCCUUUUAGACCUGCUCACAUUCAUAUAAUUGUAAGUGCUCUUUGUGUCAGGAUUUCAUCGGAAGUUAACGUGGAUGGACUGCAGGUCAUCAAACAAGGUUACAAACCAAUCACGACACAGAUCUUCGACGCAGAGUCCAAGUAUCUGAAUAAUGAUUCGGUCUUCGCAGUCAAAGAUUCUCUAGUCGUAAAAUUCGAGCCUCGGCAAGNNGGAGAUGAGAAAGCUGGGCUGGAGUUGAAGUACGAUAUCUUGCUUGGACCUACUGACUAG